CGAGAUAGUCGGUGAUAGUUUUAUUCGAUCACUUGUGUUGUGAGUUCAACCACCACCCUCUGGGUCAGAUCAACUCAGAAUAAGUCAAAUUCAUUUACUAACUUUCACAACAAUCAGAGUCUGACCAUCUUAAAGCAGAAAUGGCAAAGUUGGUGGGGCAUGUAGGAACAGGUUUUGGUUUCUUUGUUAUAGGUACUUGGCACUUGUUCAACCAUAUUAAACAACAUGCAUUGCAUCCAAAUGGCUACACUUCUUUACUAUGGUUCCCAACUCCAAAAAUAAGGCAUUUUGAACUUUUCUUUAUUAUGUGUGCAACCUUAAUUUUCUUAUUAAUGGAACUUUUUGGUAAUCACCAACUACUAAAUUCAGAUGGAACAAUCCCUUCUAACCAUCUUCACUAUCUUGAACAUUCAUGUAUCUCUUUAUCUUUAUUUGUUUAUGCAUUUUUCUCCAUGUUAAUUGACAAAAUUGCCCUUUCAAUCCAAGCCCAAAAUGGACUCACAAACUUUCUUGCAUCAAUUGCUUUUGGCCAAGAGCUACUUCUCUUUCAUCUUCACUCAACUGACCAUAUGGGUGUUGAAGGACAAUACCAUUGGCUUCUACAAAUAGUUAUUUUGGUGUCUUUAGUCACUACCCUUUUGGGAAUUCCAUUUCCUAAUAAUUUCUUGAAUAAUUUUGUGAGAUCUUAUAGCAUUAUGUUUCAAGGACUUUGGCUUAUGGUUAUUGGCGUUAUGCUUUGGACACCAAAAUUUAUACCUAAAGAUUGUUAUAUCAACUUGGAAGAAGGGUAUCAAGUUGUUAGAUGUCAUGGACAUAAAGCACUUGGAAGAGCAAAAUCAUUAGUGAAUAUUGAAUUUAGUUGGUAUGUUAUUGGAACCACUUGUUUAGUGGUCUCUCUUUACUUGGUUUGUUUCAAAAUUUUCACAAAAGAUAAUGUUGAUUAUCAGUCCUUAAAAAUUAAUUCUGAGGAUCAUCAAGAAGAGGAUUGGGUGGAUGUUGAAGCUCAAAAGAGAAGUGAAUUGAAGAAGUUUGUUGAAAUGGGCAAAGUGUUUGCUCAUAAUUGAUAAAAGAAUUACAGGCAAAGCAUGGGUGGCUGGUCGUGUAUAUAUAUGUAUAUACAAGAAAAGAAAAAAAAAGAAAGAAAAAAGUAGUUUGAUG